UCAGAAACUGAAAGAAGUUACGUCAAAAUUAUAAACGUGGCGAAGUAUAAAAAUAAAAAAUGUGAAAAAUUUAUUGUUUAAACAUGCAAUGCGUGGCCUUGCUCGUCGUGAUCAGUGCGGCGUCGUGUUCCAGAGUUAACUACUGCGGCUCCAAAAUAUGUGGACACAUUAAUGCACAUACAUUCUGUCAGUACCCUGAAGGUCCCAGCCCCAACUGCAUGGGAUACAUAGAGGCUCCUAUCACAAAUGAUGAGAAGGUGCGCCUGAUAGCUCGGUUGAACAGGAGGCGCAGCGAGGCGGCGCGCGGGCGCCUGUCACGCAGGUUGCCACCAGCCGGCAAUAUGCUGAAAUUAAUAGUAUUUAGUUCGACAGCGCUGGGUGGAGGAACUAGCUCGCGAAGCACAACGUUGGCUGACCAGUGCCGACCCGUGAGCACGCCUGAGGAACGGGACAUUUGUCGUGAUCUCUAUUCAGUAUCAGUAGGUCAGUGCGUGGCGUCGGUGGUGGGCGAGGCGCCCGGGCUCAGGGUCGAGUCUAUGAUAGAUCUGUGGCAUAUGCAGGCCAUGCUCUACAGAGGCAAUGUUACCUCGUAUAUACCUGCCACGAACAAAGCGGCGUACUACGGCGAUUUCGCACAAAUGCUAUGGGCGAAGACGUACAUGGUGGGAUGUGGCAGGAGCCGGUUCAUGGCCCCCUGGCGCGGACGACUCCGCAGCACGGAGCGUCUGGUGUGUAAUUUCGCCCCUCGCGGACCUCCCGCCGCGCAUGCGCUGUGGACACCGGGCCCCGCGGCCGCCGCCUGCGAGACCAGAUCACUUCCUGAUCCCCUGCUGACCGCAUUGUGCACAUAUCAACCAGAAUUUAUGAAUAAUUAUGAGGUAGACAAUACAAUGACAAUAGAAGAGUACGUUACGCUAAAUACAGUUCUAGAAAUAGAAGCAAACGAGUCAUUAAACUUUCACGGGAGUAUGGACGAGAUAUUUUUAACAAAAAUGGCGAUGUUAGCAAUGAGCAACGUGGUAAUUGGUACAGAACGUAACAAUUACAUACAGAAAAGAGAUGUUGCGGAUAUAGUCUUACUUGAAGAUGCAAAAGCUGAUUUAUACAAAAUUGCAUACGUCACAGAAUUGCAUAACGUGACCCUUGCUACCCUACCAUCAGUAAAAGAUAAAUCACGUAAACGAACGAAGAAAAUUAGUCUCAUUGGCAGACCGAAAACAUAUAAUAUGGAAGAUUUGAACGUCAUCAAAUAUGAAAAUGUUCAUAAGAUGAUAGAAGAAGCACCGAUAACCGAGAAGGACUUGUAUACUGAUUACGAAUUUAAAGAAGUUGAUGACGUGACCGACACAACGUCUAUCGAAGCUAAGAUUCCUUUGGUUACUGGAGACAAUGAAAGUAAUGUUAAGGAAAUGGAAAUACGUACCACCACUACGGUAAUGUCAGAAAACGAUACAUUGGUUGUGAAAAGACUAAAAAAUGCAAUGUUGAAUAACACAUUGAUGUACACGAAUAAUGAAACUAACGUUAUUGAUAAUAUUGAAGAUUUUCUUAAUGAUUCCGAGACUGUUCGUGCGCUACAAGACGCGUUAGACCGCAUGGAGCGGACCUUGGGCCCUACUCCACAAGGACAAGGGAAGGUGCGUCGAGAUCUCCGAGAUAUAACCGAAGAAUUGGAAUCUGAUGAAAACUCAAAUUACAAACAAACUGACAGCCCACCAGAAGUGAAAAGCAAUAAAACUAACGAUAGAGGACCAAUGAUGAACAUGGUCCUCAAAUACAUGCCUUAUUUGAAACACUAUGAGAAAGAGAUAUUGGGAAACGGCGCGGGCUGUGCGACCCCCGGCCUUUUAGUGCUAACUUUAUUUUUUGUGUAGUGUUUAGGUCUAUUGUUUAUAUUUUGGAAUUGUAUUGGCG